UCAUACCCUCCCUGAUCUGCUGAGCUCCCUCAGACACUGCACCUACCAGACCCACAACUGAAGCUCCUGGAAGCGCAGCUCAGGAUGCUGGUCCUUCUGGAGCGAGUGUGGGGGUCUCUCUCCCUCAAUCAGAGAUCCCCGCGGGGGCUCCUGCUCUCUGGCGCCCUCUUGCUGCUCCUGUAUGUCGUGUUGAAGCUCACGCUGCGGACUGUCCGCUUCCUGUGGCGCUACAGCGUCAACGCACGGCGGCUCCGGUGUUUCACCGAGCCGCCGCGAAGAAACUGGCUCUUAGGACACCUCGGCCUGAUGAAGAACACGGAGGAGGGUCUGCAAGCGGUGGACGAGCUCGUCAGGACCCACGUGCACUCCUGCUCCUGGUGGCUUGGUCCCUUCUACCCCCUGCUGCGCUUCUUUCACCCCGACUACAUCAAACCCCUGCUGAUGGCCUCCGCUUCAAUCGUGGUCAAGGAUGAACUCUUCUAUGGAUUUCUGCGCCCAUGGCUGGGGAACGGCCUCCUGCUCAGUAAUGGCGAGCGCUGGGCGCGGCACAGACGCCUGCUGACUCCCGCCUUCCACUUCGACAUCCUGAAACUCUACAUGGAAAUCUUCAACAAGUCCACGGACAUCAUGCACGCAAAGUGGCGCCACCUGCUGGCUGAGGGGACCAGCUGCCUGGAUAUGUUUGAUCAGGUCAGUCUGAUGACUCUGGACAGCCUCCUCAAAUGCACCUUCAGCUACGACAGCAACUGCCAGCAGAAACCCAGCGAGUACAUCGCUGCCAUCUUUGAGCUGAGCACCCUGGUGAAGCAGCGGCAGCUCCACCUGCCCCAUCACCUGGACUUUCUGUACCGGCGCUCGGAGGAGGGCAGGCGGUUCGCCCGCGCCUGCGCCGUCGUUCACCAGUUCACCUCCGCGGUGGUGCGGCAGCGCAAAGCAGCCCUGCAGAGCCAGCAGGGACUGGGAGAGGAGCUGCUGGCAAAGAAGGGCAAGGUGACGGACUUCAUCGACGUGCUGCUGCUCUCUAAGGACGAGGACGGGAAUGGACUCUCCGACGAAGAAAUCAAAGCGGAAUGCGACACCUUUAUGUUUGAAGGUCACGACACCACAGCCAGUGGAAUCUCCUGGGUCCUUCACAACCUCUCCCAGCACCCAGAGUACCAGGAGCUGUGCAGAGAGGAGAUCAACAUGCUGCUGGCAGGGCGAGACAGCGAGGAGAUCGAAUGGAAUGAUCUGUCUCAGCUGCCCUUCACCACUAUGUGUAUAAAGGAGAGUCUCCGACUGCACCCUCCCGUCAACGCGGUGACGCGCCGCUUCACCAAGGACAUCAAGGUACCAGAGGACCGUCUCAUCCCUUCAGGAAAUAUCUGCCUGGUCAGUAUCUAUGGAACCCACCACAACCCAGUAGUGUGGCCUGAGCCUGAGGUUUACAAUCCAUACCGUUUCGACCCGGAGAAUGCUAAAGGCAGGUCGUCAUACGCCUUCAUCCCCUUCUCUGCAGGGCCCAGGAACUGCAUCGGGCAGAACUUUGCCAUGGCUGAGAUGAAGGUGGUGGUGGCUCUAACCCUGCGUCGAUUCAGGGUCUCUCCCCACACCAAGGAGGUCCGUCGCAAGCCAGAGCUCGUCCUCCGAGCCGAGGGAGGCCUCUGGCUUCAACUGGAACCAAUAACCAACCGGUGAACAUCGUCCCAGCACCUCUGAGACCCCCCAACAACCAACCAGUGAAACCCUGAACCAGAGGACAUGGCCCCAGCACCUCCGAGACCCCAACAACCAACCAAUGAACCCCUGAACCAGAGGACAUGGUCCCAGCAUCUGAGACCCCCCAAUAACCAGAGCUUCCUCCUUGAUUUUUGAAUGUGUUUUGCGACUGAUUGUUCAUUCUCGAGUGUGUCUCAUCUUUACUUUCCAUCCCUUGAUUUUAUUUGUACAAUUGUAAUUCAUUGUAUUGCUUCUAUUAUGCACAAGGUUUCCUUUUUUAAAUGCGAUUCCUGUUAGCACUAUCAGUGUUUCCACUGGUCCCCCUCUUCCUGAUUCCUUGCUUGUUUUUAGAUUUACUGUAGAGCUGAUUGGAGCACGUCCACACCAUUCUGAACUCCCAGGGAUGCUCAGCUCUUAAUGCGGUGGCAUUGCUCUUGCACUGUUUAAUGCGGUGGCAUUGCUCUUGCACUGUUUAAUGCGGUGGCAUUGCUCUUGCACUGUUUAAUGCGGUGGCAUUGCUCUUGCACUGUUUAAUGCGGUGGCAUUGCUCUUGCACUGUUUAAUGCGGUGGCAUUGCUCUUGCACUGUUUAAUGCGGUGGCAUUGCUCUUGCACUGUUUGUGGUUUCCAAGAAAUGCAAAAAAUCAAGUUUGUAUUGUAUUUUCAUGCUUUCAUGUUUAAAUGUUAAUGCAUUUUAUAUAGAUAUAAUGUGACUGGAGUUGUCUUUCCUAGUCCUGUCUGGAUACAGGUCUCGUGUUAGAGAAAGUUAAGUGCCAGUAACUUUCACUGCAUUCAAUCAUGUUCACCUUGGGCAAAAGCAUGGAAAAUAUCCAAAAUCACUUUUCCUUUUCUCUGAAACCUUUCUGAUGUGCUGAGCAACGUUUUCAAAUUUUCAUUUUCUUAACAUGGAAUUACUGCACCUCCUUUUCCUGGUGUUAAAGAUUUUGGUGUAAAACACUUUGAACUAUAACCCAAGUGUUUUACAACAUAAAUCAGAGAGGCUUGUCUUGUUGGUUUUGUCACUUGCCUUGCAUGCAGCAUCACAUGCUCCACUCACUGCAAGAAGAGACCAACAGCCAAUU